GGCGUUUCGUUACGAUUUAACGUGAAGUAAAAAAUACUGUAGCCGCUUUUACUAGCAAAUGCAUUCCGACUAUUUUCGGUGCAAAAAGUGUGCCGAAUAUAGUACUCAACUAAAACGCUACUUAAUAAUUAUCAUGACGCUUAAGUGCAAGAACGUCAGUAUUUUUUUCGUUUACGCCCAUGGGCUGUCUCGUGUAUCGCAUGAAACAUACAUACAGUCUAACGGGACGGCGCAAGGUAGUGGAAAUGAGUCAUUCGUUACUGCCCGCCGCGACCCAUCGCGUAUAACCGAGCAAAUAAGUCGCAAUCGUGCCGCGCCGAGGACGACGACUGCUUCAAGUCGUCAACCAAUAUAUAGUAACGUUAAACAAAAAAAGUUUCCGUACUUCCUCCUCUCUCUUUCACUCCGAUACUUCCGUCACAAUUCGUCAUAAUAUGUGACUCGGAGCGCUUCCUCGAUGCGCUUUAAUGCAUUUGAAUUAAAAAGUGUCCUCGAGAAUGAUAUACCUAUAUCCUCCGCGCGUGCAAAGCCUACUUUUGAAAUUUGCCUCCGUAAAUAAAAUUGGCGAUCGACAUCCAGCUGAAUAAAGCGUCGCCCAAAAGUAAAGUGAUUAAUUUAUACGAUAUUUGUUUUUACAGGCGCCAGUUUUGUGCUUCACGGAUUCACGGCUCUCGCAUUAACGUUGCAUCUGAAACGACGAGUUGUUUAUAUGAAACAAGAAUAGAUACGAGAUUUGACGAAUUUAUUUUCGUGCCACGGGAACGGCGUGUCGUGUCGCGAAACAAUAUUAAGAGAGACUAUAACGUGUUUAAUAUCUCGGCACGAAUAAAUGACGAAAUUGUUAAAUUCCGCCGGUAUCCGCGGCAUUGAUAUCCCGUGUACAUACGUCGCAUGCCCACCGCCUACGGUCACUCUGAGCCCUCGUACGCGAAUAUGUAUAACGACGAAAAUGUCGCUUAGCUAACCACGGGACACUUCGGAGCAGGUGUGCGAAAAGGUGUCGCGCCUUUGACUUUCGACUAAUAACCGAUGUGAUGUUACCGCAAUGUCCCUCACCUCGAGAACAAACAGAUGGGCCUCGAGAGUAAUUAUUAUAUUACAGCUGGUCACCUGGAACGCUGUUGGCAUCAUUCUUCUUCACAGAGGCGUCAGCACAUUGCAUAGGAAAAUCUUGGAAACCAGCAAUGUUGUCGAGGUAAUGGAGGUAGAUCUCCCGACCGGUUUGGAGUCCGUCGUCUCGUCUACGAGACACGAAUAUGAUCUAUCCACUCAGCAACAACCAAUCGACAAGAACGUGGAGAUAAUUCAGAUGGACUUGGAUAGAUCAUCAUCUCUGAAUGAUGAUACGAAUCUUUCUGGAUUAAGCGCAAUUAAAAAUGAACGAUUAAAGGACGCAUCCGAGAUUUUUUCGGAAAAGCAACCAUCUACGCUCUUUCUCGCGGAUCCUCUCGCAGUUCCGACGACCGAAGAUAAAGAUGUAACGAACAAAAUCUCGAGAAUAGCCCGAGAUAGGGAGCAUAUUCUCGGCAACCAAGUCUCAAAUAACAUCCACGCGGAAGAAGAUAUCACUUCAACCUCGGAUUAUUCAGAAUCCAAAACUGCGGGAUCGGUUUUGAGGGAGGAGGAGGAGGAGGAGGAUGAGGAUGAGGAUGAGGUGGAGGAGGAGGAGGAUGAGGAUCUCGAUCUCGUAGGAAACGCGACACGAGCCACAGUACACGAAACGUCGUCCACUCUCGGUACGGAGGCCGAUCAGGAUCAAUUUACCAUCAGGAAAGACAAAAGCAACGUAAAAUUCUCUCGCGUGAACGAAAACAUCGCGACGACAGCCGUCGCUUUAGUGUCUAUCGGCGCGAUCAUGCUGCUGGUGGGGCCGAUCGUGAUCAUAAUGCGGAUUUUGGACGAGAGGAGGCAAGCGAGGAAGCUGAUGGCGUUGCCAUCAAGAUCACGAGAAGAUCUGCCACCCACGUACGAGCAGGCCGUUCUCAUGGACGAGGCGCCAAGGUAUUCGACGCUCGCGUUGAACUACGAUCGCACGCCGCCGUCCUCGCCAACUUUCUCGUCCACCUACACCUUCUCGAACACUGCGACGUAAUUAUGUCCUAGGCGGAAUCUGGCCGGAGAAAUUUUUUUUCUUUGUUGCUUUUUUGUAUAAUAAAAACC